CCAACUCCAUUGUGCGCCUUCGGUUUAUUAGGGUUUCUGUGCUACAGAGUUCAAAACUUCAAAUGCAUUCGAGGUUAAUUAGGAUUUUUAACGUUUAAUAGCUCGAAAUCUAUGGUUAUUUCCUUGAUGAUUCAGAAUUUGAUUUCUCAAGUGCAGAUUUAAGGUUUAUGGUUCAGUAUUCAAAUGCAUUUCAGAUUAAUGGUGUUUGAAGUUUCAGAGCUCAAAAUCUAAGGUUUUUCUCCCAGAAGAUUCAGAUUCAAAUUUGUUUUCACAAUCUUGAGUUCGGGUUUUAUCGAUUUAGUGUCAGUUCAUAGAAAGGAUUUUUGAGGUGUCAGAGCUCAAAAUCUAGGGUUUUAUUGUUGGAGAUUCAGUUUUUGCUUUGCAUCUGAGGUUGGGGGAGCAUCUUAUAACCAGGUUGGGAUAUGGAUGCAUCAGUGGUGAAUGGAUAGGCAAAGAUGUAUGGGAGGAAGGGAUCUCAGCUCGUGAGGGAGUUAGCUUCUGGUGAAGCUGGACAGCUAACAUCUUUCAAUAAUGAUUUGUUUGACCAAGUUGUAAGAGAAUGCAAUGAACACAAGCUUCAACUUACAUCUCUUUUCGAGAAAAUCAAGCAUGACGGUUUAGAUAUUGAAAGGACUAGAAAUGCAGAUCACUUUGGUGCUGUCAUUCAUCAUCUCUCUUUAAUACGCAAUAAGCGCUGCCUCAUGUCUUAUAUGUACAACCGUGCAGAAAUGAUAAGGAGCUUGAGAUGGAAGGCUGGGCGUGUACUUCCCGUGGAAAUUCAGGGUAAAAUGACUCACUCUGAGGAAGAGUAUUUCAAGAAACACUCUGCUGCUUUAGAAUCAUAUAUGUCAGCAAUGGAUAUUGAUCUUACAGUGGACAUGGUUCCUCCAAAGGAUCCAUAUAUUCAAGUCAGAGUUAUAGAUGAUAUAGGGGAAGUACUAUUGGGUGAUCAGGUAAUAUCACUUGUUCGCAAUUCGGUUCACUCCCUGAAGCGAUCAGACGCAGAACCAUUGAUUUCUCAGGGCUUAAUGGAGGAGUUUUUGGGAUGACAAGCUUUAGUGGCCCAUGACAUAUCUUUCUCUCUCUCUCUUUCUCUCUCUCUCUCUUGAAAGUGGAAACCAACUACACAUUGAAAUUUAUUACUGAUUCCUGCAUCCUCAUAUCAGGUUUUUAUGAAGGGGAAUGGUAAGUGGGACUUUCAAGUGGAAGCCUUGGUUGUCCACGCCAUCGUAGUGUUGUACAAGGUGCAGUAAUUCCAUAAUUCUGGCUGCAAAUAAAAUCUCUCUCUACUGAGCA